AUGACACAAGAUAGCAAUAGCGGUCGGCGUGACUGGCGGGACAUGUUCGCAGUGCCGCCAGUUAUCAGACAAGUCUUUGCAAAGUUCCCUCUAUCGACAUAUGCAGCCAACGCGCUACCGACGCGCUCGCCAACACACAGAGACCAACACACUCUAUACACAUGGACGACAGCAGAAGACGCCAGCGCAAACAAAGCCUCAUUCAAUCCGACAUGUCUGAAGUGGCAGACAUACCUCCUGUUCCAGGGCAUCCCGUUCCGCAGCCGACCCUCCAAUAACCACGCCUCGCCCUCGGGCUCCCUACCCUUUCUCCUUCCAGCAAACUCGUCCGCUCCAGUCCCAUCCACCAAGCUCGAGGCGUGGUCUAGCACACACAGCAACAGCAAAAACAAAACCCCUUCCUCUGACACACAAUCCUCUCGCCAAGAUGUGUAUGCAUCGCUGCUCGAACACGCCGUGAGAAGAGCAUGGCUCUACCUCCUCUACCUCGACCCCGACAACUUCGACCACGUCGCUAAAACACUCUACGUCACACCUUCCUCCUCCAACACCUUUGUCGCCAUGACAAUCUCAUACCAAUUACGCGAUGCCGCUACUCAAGAACUGCUCAAAACCACACCAGCUGCAAAAGCUCAGGAUAUUUUGGACGAGGCUGUUGAUGCCUUUUCCGCUCUGUCGACUUUGCUGGGUGAAGAUACUUGGUUCUUUGGAAACAAGACACCGACGCUGUUUGAUGCGAGUGUGUUUGCUUAUACACAUCUACUGCUAGAUGAGGAUAUGGGCUGGAGGCAUAAUCCUUUGGCUGACAGGUUGGCGACUUUCUACAAUCUGGUUGAUCAUCGUAAUAACAUCUUGAGAGACUGUUACCGCUCUUGA